CUUAUCUUCCUCAAUACACCAUAUAUAAGAAUUAGGAAUGGAUAUUUCUUGAACAGGACAACUGCCGACUUAACAGAUGGCGCAUGUUAAACUGACCAUUCUUGCCAUAACGGUUGUUAUAGGAUUCCUCUAUGGUCCUGUUCAGGUUAGCUGUCAAGGAGUCCCAGGUCUAGCACUAGGAGGAGGUUUAGGAGGAGGACUAGGACCUCUAGGAGGAGGUUUAGGAGGAGGACUAGGACCUCUAGGAGGAGGUUUAGGAGGAGGUCUAGGAGGGGAUAUGGGACGUUUUAGAGGAGGAUUUGGACGACCGUUAUUACCACGACCUAGAAUAGGACGACCUAUUCACGUUCCAAAAGGAGGAACUCUAGUGCCCUUUCCUGUUCCUAGACCGAUCCCUGUACCUAUACCUAGAUCAAGAAACCGAUCCCGUACAGUACGACGACGAAUUGUUCUUGUCAAUGGCCGGGGUGGAGGUGGCGGUGGCGGAAAUGUAGGGGGCGGAAAUUUAGGAGGAAUUGCAUCUCUGCUGCCCGCGUUACUUUUACCGUUAUUAUUGUUGUCCUUACUUCGUGGUUUGACUACAGCAGCUACAACUACUGCUGCUCCCGUUACUGUGAUAGUGACAGCAGGAAAAUAAACAGCAUCAACGACAACGGCAAUGUAGCGGAAAAAAUACUAAUAUUAGAUGUGCAAAACAGACAUAUUGUGUGUACCCAACAUGUGUUUUUUAUGUCAAUAUAAAUAAGUACCAAUCUGG